GAGGGGCUUUUUAGCUCGAAAAGAGCUUGGCUGAACAGUUUAAUAGGAUUUCUGUAAGUUGCUAAGUCUGAGGAGGCAAUUUUGACUGAGUCGUCUUAGUUUUUCUUUCAGGAAAGCAAACAAGGAAAAAGAGUUCAGGAGACCGCCAGUAGUUGAUCUGCCGUUCCAUUUUUUGCAUCAACAUUUUUCUGCGCCUUUCAUCGUGAGCCUUUACUUUAUUGUCCAAAUGGAGUAUGCCUGGUACUGGCAGGAUGAACAUGGAGAGUGGAUUGAAUAUGGGCAACUGCAAUCGAAUCAUAGUGCUGCUACAAUAACUUCUGAGGAACUCGAAGAGGCCUUCCUAAAUAAUCAGAAAAAAACGGUUUUAUUUAAAGCAGGUUCUCAGUAUUACGAAUUAAACUUUCAAGAUAUGGUCCAGAGAAAUCUGCAUUAUCAAACUCAAAGAAAAGUCUGCAGGUGGCCAAAACUUGUGUCAUCUGGACAUAGCAACAAAGGAUGGAGAAGGCAAACAAGGACUGCAGCUCCAGGUUGCCCGUUUCCUCCAGACUGGGACCUCUCAGCUCUGCCUGAUGUAGGAUACAAGUUGGUAGAGGUCAGUAGUACUGCGAGUGAAUAUAUGCGAAUCAAAGACCUGUUUGAGAAGACCAUGCAAAAUUAUUAUAUCCACAAACUGCAGAGGAUUCAGAACCCAUCACUGUGGCAAGUUUUCCAGUGGCAAAAGGAGCAGAUGAAGAAGAUCAACAGACAGGAGGAUGUAGAUGAGAGGCUCUUGUUCCAUGGAACAAAUACUUCCCAUUUGCAUGCAAUCUGUGAGCAGAACUUUGACUGGAGAAUCUGUGGGGCUCAUGGAACAGCCUAUGGAAAAGGAAGCUACUUUGCCAAAGAUGCUUCUUAUUCCCAUGGAUAUUGUGACCCCAACAGUAGCCACAAGACCAUGUUUGUGGCUCAAGUGCUAGUGGGAGACUUUGUUCAAGGAAGUACAGAGUACCUGCGGCCUCCUUCCAAGCCAAAAAAUCCAAACCGUUUUUAUAACAGCUGUGUUGACAAUCCAGAGUGUCCCUCGGUUUUUGUCAUUUUUGAGAAGCAUCAGAUUUAUCCAGCCUAUAUAAUAGAAUAUGUUGAAAGGAGCAGUUGUGUGAUCUUGUAAGGGACAGCAGUGGUUUAUCUAAAUGGCAACACUUAAAUGAUUUUGCACAUUCCACAUUUUUAAGAAUAUAGAAUAUAUUGUAGCAGAUUGUUGUGACACAGACUCUUCUUUUGGAUGUUUUAAAAAAAAAACU